AUGAGCUUACAACGCUCGGUGCUGGCGGCUACUUGCGGCGGCUCAGCGAUAGCAAUAGCAGCAGCUCUGUGCUUGACCGUCUCGUUGCUGACUGACAUCAACUCAUUCUACGAUGAUGUUAUCACUGACAUGACAGAGUUCAAAGGUAAGCCAUGCAGGAUUUUACACGGCAUGGUCCUUUUUUAUGCGCAUUCUGCGAUAGUGUUCACGAAAAAUGCGAAUAUGGAUUGGAAAGGACAAAUUCAGGGCUAUGCUGAUGACGCCUGGAAGCACAUGAUUCGAACGACUGGUGGCGGUCGAAAUCCGCUUGACGUCAUUGUGGCCCGAACCCGCCGUGAAGGUUAUCAGAUCCCACCGGACGGUGUUGAAGCACAGCCUGAGGCUGGAGUUCAAGCAGCCAAGUCCGACUCCGACGGUGGUGGCGAUGGAGGUGGAGGAUAUGUGUGCGAGUGUGCAACGAAAUCCGUAGGGUGUCCACCUGGACCUCCUGGACCACCAGGAACACCGGGAGCACCUGGAGAGGAUGGCGAGAAUGGUGAAAAUGGAGCACCAGGCAGAAGUGGUCUGGCUGUGAUGGCCGAACACGCGAUGGGCGGCUGUAUCAAGUGCCCUCAGGGACCUCCAGGUCCUGCAGGACCCGAUGGUCCGGCUGGGCAACCAGGAUCACCAGGAAAUCCUGGAGCAGAUGGAUCGGGCGGUGGUAAUGGUCCACCUGGUCCUGCUGGACCUCCUGGACCACCUGGUCCUAACGGAAACCCUGGUACUGAUGGCGCUCCUGGAGUUGACGGUAAUCUCCCAUUUUUUAUGGAACUAUUACCUUUUGUCAACUUUGCACUUGUUCUAGGUGCUAAUGGAAUGAGAUCUAUAAGUGCACCGGGACCAGCUGGAGCUCCUGGACCUCAGGGAGCACCAGGACCCAAUGGAGAGAACGGAAGCAGUUCUGUUGGAGCACCUGGUCCUGCUGGUCCCCCUGGUCCACCAGGAAAUGACGGUGCACCGGGAGGCCCUGGCACUCCAGGUUCGAAUGGAGCAAACGGCGCACCUGGAGCCGAUGCCGCUUAUUGCCCGUGUCCGCCAAGGUCCAUGCUCACUGCUGGAGCCGCAGCUCAGACGCUCGCUGAAUCGGCAGCGGCGGCCGCAGCCGUUGUAGGCAAACGAGAACUUGUUGAAGCAGAAGGCUCUGGAGAAGGUAAACCAGAGAAAAAGGCAGAAACAGAAGUUGCAGUUGGCAAAGGUGUGGUGACAGAAGAACACAUUGACACUGUCCUCACUGGUAAUGCUGCAGGAUCUGAUGCAGUUAGAACAGUUGUAGCUGGAGCUGAUAUCACCAAAGGACCAGUGACUGAAGGAGGUUCGGCGCCUAGUGCAGCCCCUAUUGAGGUAACAUCAACAUCACCAAUACCUGCUGCUGGUACUGAGUCCGCACCAUUAGCCCCAACGUUGUUACAUGAUGGAUCAGCUCCACCUGCCUUACCAAUUGUGGCCUCUCCUGCUGCUCCUCUUCCUUCACAACUUUCAAGAGCUGAUGUUCCAAACCCCGCAACCAGACUUCGACGAUACUUCAAUCGUUUCUAUUGGCAUGCG